UAUUGCUUGUAAUCUCAUGGCUCUUUAAAAAUGAAAGUUACUUUAUUUUACAUUUUAUAUUUAAUAUUUAGUGUUACCUGUAUAUAUAAUAAUAGAAUAGAUCCACUUGUAAUAAUAGGACAGGGACUGGUGAGAGGUACGAAAUCAAGUGAUGGAAGUUACUCAUCGUUUUUAGGCAUACCAUACGCUCUAGUGGAUGUCAAUAACCCUUUUGGCCCCGCGCAACCCCAUCCAGGUUUCGGGAUAAAUGUGUAUAACGCUUACUACGGACAAGUCAAGUGUCCCCAAUUAACUAUUCAUGAUCCCAACGUUUUGUCCCUGGGAACUGAAGUUUUGGAUUGCCUACGACUAAACAUAUACUCACCGAUAGUUGCAAGCUCACAAAAUCCACUGCCAGUAUUAGUAUGGAUACACGGAGGUGACUUUGGUGUGGGCUUUGGUGGUGAAUACGGUCCAGACAAUUUCGUAAAACAGGGCAUUGUAGUGGUUACUAUCAACUAUCGUUUGGGACCUUACGGUUUUAUGUGCCUUGAUAUUCCAGCUGUGCCAGGUAAUCAAGGAUUAAAAGAUCAGUAUGAAGCCUUACAAUGGAUUAGAAAAAAUAUCGCAUCAUUUGGUGGUAACCCUUAUAACAUAACGAUAGCUGGCCAAGGAGCGGGCGCAACGUCUGCUUUGCUGCAUCUAUAUUCCGACAAACAAAAAGUAUUUCACAAAGUAAUAGCACAGAGUGGUACUCCUCAAAAUGUUGGAACGUUUGUUGAGGCUGAUGUAGACGCAGCAAUCAAAAUUGCCAGAUACUUAGGUUUGAAUACAACUAAUAAUGAUGAAGCUUUGAGUUUCCUUACACAAGCGUCUCACGAUUUAGUUACUGCUGCUGCAGUGGAUCUGAAUUUGCAACUGAAACCUUGCAGAGAAAAAUCUUUUAGUGGAAUCGAUAAUUUUGUUGAAAAUGACCCAUAUUCGUUGACUAAUCAGAGAAAAGUGCGUAAUACACCCAUUUUAAUUGGACACACGAGUCGAGAAAACUUAAAGUUGUCAAGCAUUUAUGGCGAUGAUUACUUCAAAGGCGACCCAUUUGACGCAGUGAUAAGAAAUAAUUUUAAUUUAGAUGAAGAACAAUUAGAAGAAGCUGUUAGAAUUAUAAAACGCUUCUACAUUGGUGAUGAUCCCGUUUCAAAACUAGUAGAAUCGAAUUUGGAAAGGUUUGAUUCCGAUAUAGUGUAUAACCAUCCUGUUCAGAGAACAAUCACUAAGUUGCUAACCGAGAAUGCAAAUCCAGUUUAUGAGUACGAGUUUGGUUUCGUCGAAAAUGAACAAGAAACAGGUGCUGGAAAUUCAGAAGAAUUACCUUUCUUGUUCCAAAUGCUAAAUACUAAAGUUGAAACGAAUGACAACAAUCAAUUAAUAAGUGAUCGUAUAACAACGAUGUGGAGCAAUUUCAUAAAAUUUGGGAAUCCCACACCACGGAAAAGCGAAUUAUUGCCGGUAAUAUGGAGCCCAGUUACUACCGAUGCCCGACCAUACAUUGUGAUCGACUCCAACAUCCACCUCGAGCGUAGAAUAAACCACGACAGAAUGGCAUUUUGGGACCUCUUCUACUCAGCUUACGGGAAAUAUAACAAACUUCUGCGGCAAUGUAAAUUAAUUAAUUCACCAACAAUUAAUUGCCUCUCAAACUAAUUUACGAGCUUGUAUAAU